AUCAUCAUAAAGGACAGUGAAGAAGGCCGCAGUCUUACUUGAUUGUGCAGCAGAGCGCCUUUGCUUGCGCUUCUCCUCCGACGAUCCAUCAAGGCCCUAGAGCUGUGUUAGCAUUAUACUGCAUGUUAUGGUAUUGCAUUUAGAGACUUUGCUCCUGUCCCGGCAGCGCGGUUUCCGGCUCCGUUCUCACGCUGCACUUGUUCUCGCGCCCUGGAAUGAAAUUCAGAUACUUAAGCUUAUUUCAAAAAGCGACAUCACAAAGUUGCAUUACCAAAAUCGCAGCGUAGCCCAAGCGCAAAGGAUUGCGCCACACUUUCGGCCCACCCCGCCCGAGAUAGCUGGGGCUGAUCAUUCGCCAGUAAGGAGGAAGAACUCCGGAAAUUGUCACGUGCUUGCGGCGGGCUUUCAUUUCCGCCCCCUGCUUUUCGCGCGCAAUCGUUGGUCAGGCGAGGUAGGGGUACGAAUCUGGCACAGUCCGACUUCACAGGCCGUCAAUUGUAGCAGCUUAGGUUCAUAUGCAUGCAUUUAAAAAAUGGAAUGACAGGCGCCGAACACGUUUGUGCGGAACUUCACAGGUGACAGUGUCGAGGUUAAACUUCACCAAUCGGGGCUUUGAGGCAACCAAAUAGGUUCAGAGAAUUGAUGCACACGUAUCACCGCUUCAAUACGCAGUGCAAAUUGGUGCUUGACGAAAUUCCGCCGCACGAACCGGGUUUGCGAUAUCUUUCACAAUUCAUCGUUUCAUUCCUACCAACUUAAGACCUUUUUGGCGAGCGCUUUAAUGUGGAGCGCUCGGUGGCUCCAGCAGCAUUAUUGGCGAUGCUCGCACCGCCGAAGGUGGUCCGGCGAUCGCCCGGCUAAGAGCUUCAUAGCAGCGGCAGUGAAGUUUCUGUAUCUGGCUGCCAUGAUGAUUGCGCUGCCCGUCGCGGCUCAGGUGCCGUCAACCUCCCGGUUCCCGCCACCACCUUUCUCCCGCUCGCCUGCACCUCCAUCGCCCCAGCCGCCCCGACCUCCCUCCCCAGCCGCCAACUCUUCCGUCCAGUCCGAGGCCCUCGCUCCCUCACCUUCUGCCCUUGACAGCACCUAUUCCGACUAUUCUGAUCUCCUAGAGGAGCUCGUGAGCUCGCUCCCUGUCCCCACCGCUACAGCCGGCGAUGCUACGGCCUAUGAACAGGCGGGUCUCGCGUCGCCGGCUGCGCGCUACUGCGCCAGCCUCAGCGCCUCCCUCGACCUGCUCUACUAUGGGCUGCUGCCCUCCCUGAAUCGCACGCUCAACGCCUCGGUCGGUGGCACGCCCCCAAGCAGUCGUCGCUUCGGUCUGAUGAUAAAUGCGGUGCCGCACUGCCGCACGCUGCAGAGCCUCUUCCCCUGGCUGCUUCAGGCGCUGGGCGACGGCGGCAUUGGGUCGGGCUGCUACUCUGUCGCCUUCUCCUCCUCCGUGGAACUGACCCUGACACCUGUUACGAGCGCGGACCUUCUGCUUGAGACCGGCAGGGCGGUGGCGAGCAACCUGAUCAAUUUGAGCCUGGACUUCUGCAACGGUGACAUGCCUGGCGACUGGGGCCAGCCCUACGGCUCGGAGAUUUUUUUUGUAACCAAGUUCGCGACCGCCACAAUCCUUCGUGGCGGAGACGCGGCGGGCUCCUCGCCGCCUGCCCGUGGAUUUGACUGGUGGACGGCUAGCAGCCCGCCGCCGCCGACACUGUACGACAACGGGUACGGUUACAGCAGCAGUGGUGGUUGGUAUUACGACCCGAAUUACGGCCUGACCUACGGCCGGCGGCGGCUGCUGUCGUUGCUAGAGGAGGACGCUGCGUCGGGGCGCGACAGGUCGCUGCUGGCGGCGGACUCGUACGGCAAUGGCGGCGGCGGCUCGGAUUCCGAGGAGGGCUUCAUGAGCGUGUUUGCCGAUGCAAUGCGUGAGUCUGGGGCUGCUGGCCGCGCCAUCGCUGACGGUGCCCACAAGCCCGGCGGCGACGGCCACGACAUCACUAUUAGCAGGCUCAGAUGCGGCAGCGCCGGCGGCUCUGGCGUUGGCAGCGGCUUGUCGGGGAUUUGGCGGCGCCUGCUGUCAACCCUGAGGCUGCGCGGCGGUGGCGAGGAGGCGGUGGCUGCUGGCGAGAGGGCACCUGCUGCGGUUGCGCGCAGCCACCGGCGGCGGCGGCACCGUGGUCGGUACCUGAUGCAGUCAGGCACCAAUUCCACCAACUCCUCCAAUUUGUACGUGGUGCUGGCCAACCGGUCCACUGACUCCACCGGCCGCGUGCUGCGUGGGCGGCCGGAGGCAGGCGUUGCGCCAAACGGAGACCUUGGGAGCAUCUGCGAUGACAACUUCUCCGAGGGCUCUGCGGCUGUCAUCUGCCGCCAACUAGGCUACCCCGGCGGCGGACUUGCCUACUCCAGCGCGGUGUUCGGCGACGCCACACGCCCCUUCAUCCUGGAUGAACUGAACUGCACAGGCUUGGAGAGCAACAUUGGCCGGUGCCGCUCCAACCCGCUCUGGACCCACAACUGCUUCCCCAACGAGGCCGCGGGCGUGGUGUGCUUUCCGUCCUUCAACGUGUCGUCGUACUGCGCCGACGUCGUCGCAAACGUGCCACGUGUCUACCCCACGCCCACGAAUACCACGCCAGACCCUAGCACGUGGAGCCGCGACCAACGGCUGCAGCGCUGCGGCGAGCUGAUGGGCUUGGCGGCGGCCGCCUCCACACUUGUCGGUUACAAGUUUCCGGGGCAGUACAUUUCGUACCGCGAGGUCCAGUCGUACGCCUGCGGCCGUGAGAAUGUCGUACCCGCCAUGACGGCCUGGGUGGCGGCGUGGCGGCGCGAGGUGGCGGCGUCCGGCUGCACCGAGCUGAUCGUGCCGUACCUUUGGAUGCAGCGCCUGGGCGGCACGGUCCCGACGGCGCCGUCUCCGCCGCCAGUGUCCUUCAACACCUCCGCCUUCCGCCGGCCGCCGCCGCCGCCGCUGCCGCCGGCCCCGCCGUCGCGCAACAACGACAGCUGCCCCACAGCUAUGGCGGUGUGGCCCACGCCUGCGGACCGCGCCGCCAGCGAUGCGGCGGCGCCGUACGGCACGCCCGCGGUGCCCGCGCCCACCACCUACAUGAUCCUGGAUUACGUGUCGGCGCCAUCCUCGACUUCUGGAUCCAGCGGCAGUACGAACAGCAGCGUGUCAUCGCCGCUGGACAUGACCUGCACGCCGCCCUCCGCCUGGCUGGCCGCUGGAGGCGCCCCCAGCCGCUACGUCCGCAGCAGCAACGGCGGCAGCAGCAGCGUUGCGCGUGGCCCUGCCCCCAGCACUUUUAACAGCAGCUUCCGUUCGCCUCCGCCCUCGCGCGCCCCGCCGCCGCCUUUCGGCUACAGCUUCGGCUUCCCUCCACCGCCGUCCAGGUUCGGCAACAACAUCAGCAGCCCAAGCAGCUCGACAUUCAACUCGUCCAUCUCUGGCGCCGGGCGCCGUCUGUUCCGCCGAGCGUUGGUCGAUGCCACGUUGGGCGCGGCCGUGACUGCCACUACGGGCGCCCCGGCGCCGCCGCCGCCGCCGCCGCCGCCGCCGCCACUGUCCGCCGCCGCUGCGUCGCUCCUCCGGUACGGCGCCUCAGGUGCCAUGUGGGCCUCUGCUUCCGCCGCCUUCGCAAGUGUGUGGUCGCCGCGUGACCUGGUCAACGUGUCAACGCUGACACGAACCCUGGCACGCGGCGGCCCCUCCUGGCUGCCCUCCCGCCUCUCCGACCGCCGCCACCUGCUCUCAACGCUCGAAUUAUUUUCGCGCCCGGGCGGAAUCGACCUGGUGAGCUCCGGUAUCCUCGACACGGUCCGCUGGGCCCUCGCGAGCCUUCCCUCGCCCCCGCCGCCACCCGACGCCAACCGCCCGCCGCGCCCGCCGUCACCCCCACCCUUCCGCUGGACCGACAUUGGCGACAUAAAAGACGUCGCCGUUACCGACGCCGCGCCGCCGCGCCCGCCACUCCGUAACAUCGUCUCCGGCGGCCUCUCCGACGGCGGCAGCAACAGCCCGUCGCCGCCCGCGCCGCCUUCUCCGCCGUCUCCGCCGCCGCCAGGGCCCCGUGCCCCCUUGAGCCCACUGGCUGCGGCCAUGCCUCUCAAGCCCACGUGCGUUGCGUAUGACUCAUCCUGGACACAAGCCGACGGGUUCCGGUCAGACUUCGCCAUGUUAGAUUUCCUUGCGUCCAACGCCGCCUCGUCCGACGGCGGUAGGGACGGUUGGGGCCAGCAGGUCAGCCAGACGGAGACGGAGCUGUUGUACUGCAACGCACGGCAGGAGCUCAAGACGCGCCACACGGUCUCGGGCAUUGCCAUCACCGGGCUCGGCCUGGCCGGCAGCGCGGUCUCGACCGUACGAGCGCUGCUGGGCGGCGCGCGGCCUUUCAAUGGCACCGCCGCUAUCCCGGCGGCCAACCUCGCCUUUCUGGAUCUUUCCGGGAACGCGCUAACCGGCGGCGUGCCGGCAAUCCCCGUGCCCGUGCUGCACGUCAACCUCUCUUCCAACCGCUUGAGCGGCGACCUGCAAAACCAACUGAAAAACAACCUAACCGCCGCCGCCUUCACAGCCACGCUCGUCCUGGACCUCUCCAACAACGGCUUUACCGGCCAACUGCCAACACGCAUCGACGUUGCCGCCCCCGCCACCAACAGCAGCGCUUGGGGCGCACUGCUUACCAGCGCCGUUCGCAUCGACUUCUCCGGCAACGGGUUCACCGGCUCGCUCCCCGCGGACUGGGCUCCCCUGCUUGCUCAGAUGGACCUCGUGGUCAGCCGCAACCCGGGGCUCACCGGUGGCGUGCCGGCGGAAUGGAUUGCCGCAGCCCGCGGCCUGCCCCCUUGCGGUGAUGGCGGCAGCGGCCCUUUCUCAUUGGGCAGCCUGAUCACCGCCACAGCUCCACCGCCCAGCAGCCCGCCUAGCCCGGCGCCUGGCGGCGGUGAGGCGGCGUUAGGAGACAGUGCGUCCAGCAACCCGCCGCGUCAGGGAGCGCUGUUGAUUGACCUGAGUGGCUGCACGGGUCUCACCGGCCGCUUCACACAUACCGCCGACUUCAGCACUCUGCGGGUCCGCGGCACGCAGCUGCAGCUGGACUGGAACAAGCUUCCCGCGGCGGAGCGCAAGUGGACUUACGUGGUGGAUCGCGUCGCUCGCGACCACAUGGACUUUGAGCAGGUGGCUUACCGCAAGAGCGGCAUCAGCAAUGUCCUGACCCGGGCGUCUCUUUUGGACCCAGAUGAGGUAAUGCUCGUGUGUGACGCCAUCGAUGAGCAACGCAACGCCGAGCGCCGCACCGCCAUCAGCGCCGUCGGCAGCAGCACGGGCAGCAGCACCGGCAGUAGCAGCACCAGCGGCGGCAGCAGCAUCGGGGGAGACGCGACGGUGGUCGUGGCUGUCACGGAGCCCUGGCCCCGUGUGCGCAACUACCUCGAGGUGCACGACAGCUACACAGAGUGGCAGACGGACCCCGCCGUGUGGUGCUACGGCGGAGCGGAGGCGCGGGGCAUUGUGGCCUUGAAGGUCUGGCUACCUGUGAUCAUCAUCUCCGUCCUGGCAUGCGGCGUCGCGCUGCCCGCCCACUACAUCCGGGAGCGCGUCCGCAACCGCGCCGCCGCCCGCCGCGCCGCCUGGAAGCAGCAGCAGCAGCAACAGCAGCAGCAGAACCAGCUGGCAGAGAGCAAGGACGGCAAGAAGAGGCCUGUGAACACGCUGGCCGCACCCAAGGGGCGCUUUACCAGGGCCUGGCACAAGUUCAAGGGAGUCAUGGUGCCAGUGAUUGACGUGGUGGAGCCGCGACUCGUCCUGGCCCUGUACUGGGUGGACCUCAUCUCGGACAUUGUCUUCAUUGCCGGCUACAAGGGCUGGAACCGCCAGCCCGCGCCCGCCAUCGCAGUCAUCGUCAUCCUUCUCGCCAACCUGACCGCCGGCUGGGUGCUCCACCUCAUCCACCUGCGCAAGCAGCUUGGCGACGGGCCCGCCGGCGGUGAGGGCUGGAGCGUGCUUCGUUGCAUCGUGGUGGGCAUCCUGACCGCGCCCUUUGGCAUUGCGCUGGAGUGGUUGUGGAACGGCUUCCUGACCGUCGUGACCUGCGUGACCACGUGGCAUGCGGUUGCCAAGGGCGACCUCAAGGCCCACGUGACCGCCGUGCAGCGCAUCACACGUGGAUGGCCGCUGCUGCUCAGCUACGAGGCAAACAUCCAGAUCUUCGAGACCACGGUGCUGUUGGAGCCAGUAAGUGAGUCUCUGCCUCAGGCCAUCGUGCAGACCACCUGCUACGUUGUCGGCCGCAAUGCGGGCAUGGUCAUUCUCACGCCCAUCUUCCUCUUCUCGGCCAUCCUGCAAGCCAUCAGCAUCUGCAAGUGCUGCCUGGUCCUGGCCUGGCGGGCCUACAAGUCCGGCAGCUGGACUGCCGUGCUCACUCUGCAGGACGAGGGCGCGGGCAAGAGCUUCAGCAUGGAGGACAAGGAAGAAGACAGCGACGAUGACAAAAACAACAAGAAGAAGGGCGAGGGCAAGGGCGAGGGUGAUGGAGAGGGCAGCGACGGCGCGGGCAGCGGCGCUGUGGAGGGAGGCGCUGGUGGCGGCGGGGGAGGCGCAAAGGGUGGCAAGCAGUCGCCCCAUUGCUCCCGAGCCACGACAUCUUCUGUGUCUGGCACGCUGACGGCCAUGAGCAGCAGCGGGCUGCAGGCCUCGGGGCCGCCGCCGCCGCCACCGGUACAGCCGCCGCCACCGCCCAGCAAUGCUCAGGUGGCCAAUUUCGCGGGCGUGUCCGCCUUCCUGAACCAGCAGCAGCAGAUGGCGGCACAAAUGCAGAUGCCAAUGCAGAUGCAGGCGCCGCCGCCAGCGAUGGUUGUGGCCGCGUCAGCGCCGCCCUUUGCGCCGCCGCCGCCCCUUCAGCCCAUGGGCCCGAUGCUGAUGUUUCCAUCGGCAGUGGCACCGGUGCCGCAGCCACCGCAAUCCGCGCUCCUGCAGCCGAUGCCCUUCUCUGCGCCGCAGCCGUCGGCGUCGCCAGUCACCAAAGGCGCCACAGCCUGGGGCCUGCGCGACUGGGCCUCGCUGGCGGCUGCCGCCUCCUCCAGGUUCACUGAUGGCUUCGCUGAGGCUCAGGAGGGAGAGGAGGAGGCGGCAGAGGUGGAAGCCGAAGCUGCCGGGGAGGCGGAGCAGGCAGAGGCGCAGGCAGCGGAUACAGAGCAGGGCGUGGUGGCCGCGCAUGACAUUGCAAUCCAGUUUGCUCCGGCCGCGUACUCCACGCCCGCGCCGCCGUCGCAGCAGCCCAUGCAGGCGCUACCCAUGCAGGCGCCACCCAUGCAGCAGCAGCAGCAGCAGCAGCAGCAGCCGGUAGAGCUGCCCUUGGGCUACAGCCCGCUCACAGCGCACCUCCACGGCUACCGUGCUCCUGGCCCUGCCCCAGACUCCGCGGCUGAGGACGGCACUAGUUCCCUCAGGGGGGCCUGGUCUGCGAUGCGAGGCAUGUGGCGUGGCGGCCGCAAUUGAGGAAGCAGAACAGUGGACGUUCAUUAACGGCGGGGCUGAUUUGUUGACAAGAUGAACCUACUUCGUGGCCGGGCUAGCCCCUGACUGGUAGGCAAUUGUAGAUAUCUGGGUUCUGGCCCUUGCACUAUCGGUGCGUGUCUGAGCACGUGCCUGAGCACGUGCUAGCUGUUGUGUGUUACUGCGCGAUACGUACCCUUAGCAGGGUUCAUGCAGUGCACAAGACUUCGGAGAUGCUUUGCGUGAUUAGCUCGUUGACAGCUUGUGGCUUUGAUUUCAUGCCUUCAUGUAUUCGUGUGCGCUGUGCUUAGAGUAGUGCACCAGGCAGACACGCACGGCAUGCAUCUCGCAGGCUUCUCGACAUGCACAGCGUAUGGCUACUAAUACGUAGUAGGUGCUGCGUAUUUAUUCGCCCAGCAAGUGGUCUUCCUCUUGUGACAUAGAAGGCUAAAAACACCCUGGGUCCACGAGGCGGUGGUACUUUGCUCCUUACACUGCUAUGCCUUACUUGCUUGAUUGGUUAGUCUGGGCCCCGACCGUGCAUGCCAUUAUAACACCCCACCGCUGUGUGCCAUCACGUGUGUGUGUGUUAAAGAGCACAAGGAAAACAUUGCGAAAGACGGUGGACGGAGUCCGGGUGUGUGUGUGUGUGUGUGUGUGUGUGUGUGUGUAUGUGUGUGUGUGUGUGUGUGUGUGUGUGUGUGUGUGUGUGUGUGUGUGUGUGUGUGUGUGUGUGUGUGUGUGUGUGUGUGUGUGUGUGUGUGUGUGUGUGUGUGUGUGUGUCAAAAAAACAAACGAAAGGCCGCCCAACGACGUGAAAGUGCUAGGCCCAUGUAUACUGUGCACACAAGUCUUGUGUCUUUGCACACAAACCAGAAGCUAGUCGAUGCUGUGCUCGGCGUGUGUCGGCAGUGCUGCAUUUGAAGUAUGAGGCCCACAGUGACCAUAAUGCAUCGGUUACAAGACGGACUCGCUGACGGGAGUCGCAAGCGAUAUAUGCCCUGCUGGACCCUUGAUUGCCUGGACCUCAGGGGCGCGUCACCUACAACCUUGCCUACAACGCCGAUAAACUACUCUGUUUGUAGGCUUGCUCUUGCAUAUUGGCAUGUUUGUGGGCGGGCGGGCGGGGGUUGCAAGGGUGGAUUCGGCUGAAACCGGCAUUUAUACAACGACAAGGCCUGAAGCGAAAUGAUGCGAAAAUAGAGCGAUAAGAGGGUGUCAGCUUUGUACAGCUGCAAAAUGGGCUGUGCCCCGCAGCAUCAGGGCGGACUGACUGCAAAUCGGGUAGACGGCGGACGAUGGCCCCACGUCAACGGGAUGAGAGGCAUUGACCUUGCGGCUAGCAUGGCCACGGUGUGCAUAUUCAC